CACCCUUCAUUGUAAUCAAUCAUUCCCUUUCUUCUAAUUAUGGGGUUAUGUUAUUGAUUCUUCCAUUUUCCUCUCAAACCUUCUUCUACCUUUUAUCUCUCUACCUUAGGCUUCUGAUUCCCCGGCCACAACUCUGUGUCAGCCCCGCCACAAUUUAGGUAUCCACUUUUUUCCUCCACAACCCACCCAUUUGUUUGGUGCCCUUAAUGUCUGUCUUCUGGGGAGACUCUUUUGCUCCUCAGUUGUUUUCACUCGCCUACAUGCGCUUAGGGUUUGAGUAAAAGGGGUUUAUAAUAAUAUAUGAUAAACAGGGGGCUUCUAGUGACUUGCAAAAUGGGGUUGUUCCGGCUGCUACGGAACUGGUGAUCCGAUUUGCUUUUGGAUUUGUUGGUUGUAUCUUACAGGAUGAAAGCUCCCCCAAAUGGGUUUCUGCCCAAUUCUGGAGAAGGUGAAAGGAAGAACAUCAAUUCUGAGCUAUGGCAUGCUUGUGCUGGGCCUCUUGUUUCGUUACCUCCAGUUGGAAGUCUUGUGGUUUACUUCCCUCAAGGCCACAGUGAACAAGUUGCAGCUUCGAUGAAUAAGGAGACUGAUUUCAUUCCAAGCUACCCUAACCUUCCUUCUAAGUUGAUCUGCAUGCUCCAUAACGUCACGUUACAUGCUGAUCUUGAAACGGAUGAAGUGUAUGCACAAAUGACCCUUCAACCAGUGAAUAAAUACGAAAAAGAAGCUUUAUUGGCAUCUGAUAUUGGCCUCAAGCAAAACAGGCAGCCUGCUGAAUUCUUCUGUAAAACUCUAACAGCUAGCGACACCAGCACUCACGGUGGAUUUUCUGUGCCUCGUCGUGCAGCUGAGAAGAUUUUUCCCCCAUUAGACUACUCGAUGCAACCCCCUGCUCAGGAACUAGUGGCUAGAGAUUUGCAUGAUAAUUCGUGGACAUUCAGACAUAUUUACCGCGGCCAACCAAAAAGACACCUUCUGACCACUGGUUGGAGUGUUUUUGUCAGCACAAAACGACUCUUUGCUGGAGAUUCGGUGCUCUUUAUAAGAGAUGAAAAGUCACAGCUUCUCUUAGGCAUAAGGCGUGCUAACAGGCAGCAGCCAGCUCUGUCUUCAUCAGUCAUAUCAAGUGAUAGCAUGCACAUAGGAAUUCUUGCUUCUGCUGCUCAUGCAGCUGCAAAUAACAGUCCUUUUACCAUAUUUUACAACCCUAGGGCCAGUCCUUCUGAAUUUGUGAUUCCUUUGGCCAAGUAUAAUAAGGCAAUGUAUGCACAAGUUUCCCUUGGCAUGCGAUUUAGGAUGAUGUUUGAAACCGAGGAGUCGGGAGUACGUAGAUAUAUGGGUACAAUUACUGGUAUCAGUGACAUGGAUUCCGUACGAUGGAAAAAUUCACAAUGGCGCAAUCUUCAGGUCGGAUGGGAUGAAUCGGCAGCUGGUGAACGACCAAACCGAGUUUCAAUAUGGGAGGUUGAGCCUGUUGUGACUCCUUUUUACAUAUGUCCACCUCCAUUCUUCAGGCCCAAAUUCCCUAAACAACCAGGGAUGCCAGACGAUGAAUCUGAGAUUGAAAAUGCUUUUAAGAGAGCGAUGCCAUGGUUUGGUGAUGAGUUCGGCAUGAAAGAUGCGUCAAGCUCGAUCUUUCCUGGUUUAAGCUUAGUGCAGUGGAUGAGCAUGCAACAUAAUAAUCAGUUCCCAGCAGCUCAAUCUGGAAUUUUGCCGUCCAUGGUUGCUCCUAGUGCUCUGCAUGGAACUCUUACUAAUGACGAGUCAUCCAAAUUAUUGAGUUUUCAAGCACCACUAAUGUCUUCGCCAAAUCUCCAAUUCAGCAAAGCAAAUCAACAGAACCAAGUUGCCCAGUUGCCACCGACUACGUGGUCUCAACAGCAGCAGGUGCAGCAGAUGUUACAAGUUCCUGCUAGCCAACAGUUGCAGCAGCAGCAGCAGCAGCAGUUGCCACUCCAGCAGGAGCUGCAGCAGCAGGUGCCCCAGCAGCAGCAACUCCAGAUGCAACAGCNGUUGUUACAAGUUCCUGCUAGCCAACAGUUGCAGCAGCAGCAGUUGCCACUCCAGCAGGAGCUGCAGCAGCAGGUGCCCCAGCAGCAGCAACUCCAGAUGCAACAGCCACAACGACAACAGCAGACCUCCCAAUCUGCUCUUCUGAACAACAGUGUUACUGCUCCGAACCAUUUGCCAAAUCAGACUUUGCAACAACCGCUUGUAUACUCUCAGCUACAACAACAGCAAUUGCUUGCAGGCAAUAUACAAUCACAUCAAACUAGCCAACCAUCCAAUAAAAACUUAUUUCAGACUACAUCUUUAUCACAAGAAGUACAGUUUCAGCCACAAAUAGAGCAGCAACCUAGUCUUCUUCCGAAACACCAGCAGCCAACACAAGUUCAACAGGCCCCACUACAGUUAAUGCAACAAAGUCUGUCUCAGAGAGCACAACAACAGCCACAAGUUCAGCAAUUUUCACAGCCAGUCCCAACAGAGCAACAACUUCAAUUACAGCUGCUACAGAAGCUGCAGCCGCAGCAGCAGCAUCCGUUGCUCUCCCCAUCUAGCCCACUGUUACCACCUCAGCUGCUACAGCAGCAGAAUGUUCAUCAGCAAAACCAACAGUUACCACCAUUGCCUUUGUCCAAUCAGCAGCAGUUCAAUACUAGUGGAGGCAGCUUACAAACAGAAAAACAUAACAGCAAUGGCUUUUCAAGUUUAGGCCUCAUGCAGUCCCAGCAGGCUCCUAUAACCCAUUCCCAUAACCAAUUCAAACCAACCAUGGCAAUUAGAGCAUACUCUGGACUGACUGAUGGAGAUGCUCCGUCUUGUUCAACCUCGCCUUCCACUAAUAAUUGCCAAGUUUCAGCAUCAAACAUGCUCAAUAAGAACCAACAAGGAGCAGCCACACUGGGGGGAGACCCAGUAGCUGAGCCUGCAACUAACCUGGCUCAGGACCUACAAAGAAAACCUGAUUUGAGAAUCAAACAUGAGUUUCCUAGCUCAAAAGGAUUGGACCAACUAAAGUACAAAGGCACUGUUCCUGAUCAGUUAGAAGCGUGUUCUUCUGGGACAUCAUAUUGUUUGGAUGCUGGCACCAUUCAGCAGACUUUCCCACUCCCGACAUGUUUGGAUAAUGAUGUACAAUCACAUCCACGAAACAAUAUCCCUUUCAGUAAUAGCAUGGAUGGGUUGGCACCAGAUACCUUAUUAUCGAGGGGAUACGACUCGCAAAAAGAUCUUCAGAACUUACUUUCUAACUAUGGUGGUGGUGUGCCUAGAGAUAUUGAAACAGAGUUGUCCACUGCUGCAAUCAGCUCUCAGUCAUUUGGGGUCCCAAACUUGCCUUUUAAGUCUGACUGCUCAAAUGAUGUCAACGUAAAUGAAGCUGGAGCUUUGAGUAGUGGACUGUGGGCAAACCACAGUCAACGUAUGCGUACAUACACAAAGGUUUGCCACCCCACUUUAUGUCUACUUCCUUUAGUAUCCCCUGUGAAUAGUAAACGAUAUCAAUGAUUAGAAUUAGACUUGAUUGUUUACUACUUUUUCCGUUUCUUAUCUAGAUGUUCAAGUGUAUGAAAAAUUUUAAAUUAUGGACUUGAGGGAAAUCAUAGGACAUUUGUUGUGUCUAGGAACGAGGAAGAGAUGAGGGACUUG